UACUGCGCUGGGCUGGGGUGGGGUGCCCAACGGUGGGACGGACCUCACCAGCUGUCUCACCCUGGCGAAGUGUUUGUGUAUCGGAGGCAAUUCCUUCCAAAUCUGCCCCCGAAGAGAAGGAGUAUAUCUUCUGGUAGCGAUAAAGAUGAGAAGACUAUGCUAGUCACUCUACCGCUCCACCAUACAUUCUCAGCUCUACACCUACACCUUCACCUUGACCUUCACCUUCGCCUCUACCUCGAGCAAGAUGAGCCUCCCACGCUUCAAACUUCGUCCCUCUGCGCAUCUAUCCCGUUUCUCGCUGCCUUUCAGGCCUCGCCAUCGACGAGAUGAAUCUGCUCCCGUUGACAACGACACUGCAGCCGGCAAUGAAGCCUCUCCAGGCCCGGAGGCUGAGGGCCAGCCUCAACCUGAUACCGCAGAGGUCAAGAGCAAGACGCCCAGGACCUUCUUCAAGCUCAAGCUCAAGAAGUCUUGCGAUCAUCCUGAGUGCUCGCCCAACUGUGCGCCUGCACCUGAAGAAGAACAAAGCCCCGUGCCAGGUAGUCGCGCCAAGAAGGGAAAGCUCCCGCAGCUCGGUCAGAGGAUGACAGUCCUCUUCCGCGAGCCUCUGGUAGGCCAGACCAGGCCCAGGCAAGACCACUACCGCGAUCGUGUCCACCAUAGCUACGACGGCGAGCAGCGUCAGGAAAAGGCGAGACACUCUACCUCUGAGAGGCCCUCCAAGUCCUUUCCCUUCUUCGCAGGACGACGCAGCUACGAGCGAGACCUCCUCUACCGACCUGCCACUUCCCUCGGUGUCCGUCUUUCCACCUCGAGCGAUAUGGCACCGCUCAUUGCACAGGGUCAGAUACCCUCUCGAGGUCCUACACCCUGGCCCAGGGCUAGCUCUGAGCUACCCGAGGGACGCAGGAGCUUCAAUGUUAAGAGGAAGCCAGUGCCCAGUGUGGACCUUCAGGAAGCAACAGAUCUCGAUGAGCACCAGCCCCCGCCCAAAUCUCGCAAUGAACCGGAGCCUGAGAUCUCAAUUUCGAGGGCUAGCUCGGUUGAAUUUCCAACGAGGCCUCAAGUCGUACGAUCCGAGACAAGCAAUGUCACCGAGCCUGUGGCCAUCACUAUGCCAGCUCCAGCUCCAGCUCCAAUGCGACGUCCUAGGUACGAUGCCAUGACUCUAACGAGCCGACUCGGGCCAGUCCUUGAGGAGCAGGCCUCUGUCGAGCCUGCUGACGAAGCCGACGAUGGCAUCGAGGACGAACUUCCUGAGAGCCAACGAUGGCCCCAUCGAGCUGAGAUACUCGCUGUUGCAAGCGAACGAGACCUUGACCCCGAUCACACCACCUGGUCUCACCGCGAGAACUUUGUGCCGCCUCACUUCCGUCCUCGAGUCUCACUGUUCCAGACCAGCAUCCCUCUCUCGCCCGGCGAAAGUGGCAUAAUAAGUCCCGCCAGCAGUGGAAGUAAUGGAGGCACACCCGACCUCGUCGGGCUCGGCAUCACCCUCAAUACCGGCAGCGGCACCUUUGGUGUUGGAACUGGUAGUCCCAUCUCUCCUGACUCGCAGAUGUCCCCUAUCUCUCCGAGCGAUACAGAAAGCCCUGGACAGCAGCUUCUCACCCCGAUAGACGCUGCAAAUGGUGAGCGUAUUCACAGUAAGCUCGCUGAGUUGUGCGGCGAGGAAGGUGAGGGAGAGGGGCAGGGAAGUGCAGGGUCCGGAUCGGACGAGAUCUUGUGCGUCUGAAGACAAUGCAUAGGAGGUGCUGAAGUUUUCCACUGUUGUCAGCUUGUUCUGUUUAGCAUUGUACCUUCACGGUAGCUUGCUGUCUUCUCGUAGCCUAAAAGGAAUUGCAUGUCCUGUAUGUAUGACAAUGUUGCGUUCUGCGAGUCUCUCGGCUCACUGC